GGCCGGUGCUCGGGGAGGAGCGGGGUGCUGAUGAGUUCUUUGACUCGCUGGACCAUGUCAUCGACGUCCACGGACACGUCAUUGGGAUGGGCCUGUCGCCCGACCACAGGUACCUGUAUGUGAACAGCCGCUCCUGGCCCAGUGACGCGGUGGUGGCCGACCCCAUGCUGCCCCCACCCAUCGCCGAGGAGAUCGACCUACACGUGUUCGACCUAAAAACCAUGCGUGAGGUGCGGCGUGCGCUGCGGGCCCACCGCGCCUACACCCCCAACGACGAGUGCUUCUUCAUCUUCCUGGACGUCAGCAGGGACUUUGUGGCCAGUGGGGCCGAGGACCGCCAUGGCUACAUCUGGGACCGGCACUACGGCACCUGCCUGGCCAGGCUGCGGCACGAGGACGUGGUCAACUCGGUGGCCUUCAACCCCUGCGAGCAGGAGCUCCUGCUCACCGCCAGCGACGACGCCACCAUCAAGGUCUGGCGCUCUCCACACACCGUGCGUGCCCUCCAGGCCCCACGCCCACGCCCACGCCCACGCCCCUUCUUCUUCUGGCUUGCCGGUCAGAGGCGCUGACCGGCUUUGGCGGAGGGACAAGCUCCAGGCAGGGGUGGCAGCUGCCUGCUGUCCUUGGCCCCGCCUAGGAAGUCGAACCCUCUCCUUGGCUGAGCCUCUGGUUGCCCAGGUAGAUGGGGGUGGAGCCUACAGCAGCACUGCUGCCCUAGGGAGUGUGCUAGGUUGGGCCACCCACCUCCCCACUGGGUACCCAGGGACCAGAUGCCCUGACCACUAGACGCACAGCCACCUCCACCUCCCAGCUGUGACACUGGGCACCCGGGGGCCAAAUGCCCCAACCACUCACACACGGCCACACACCUCCCAGCUGUGACACUGGGUAUCUCGGGGACAGUCACCACAGCCAUAUGACACCACCCCUCCCAUCCCCGUCUGCCUCCUGCCUGGCCCUGUGCAGGGACUUGAGGACAUGCUGCCCGGCUGGACAGCCCUCAGCAGGGCUUUUGCUCUGGUCGUACGUGUGGCACCAUGUGGCCAACAAGCCGCUGCAGCCCACAGUCCAGUACUGAAUUCGACUGUCCAGACCCCAGGCCUCUCCACUGGCUGCAGCCACCUGCCACACUAGAGGGUGCCGCAUGUCCCCUGAAUAAAGGCCCACAGCAGCACUCA